CGGAGCUCGGCUUAGCCGAGGCCGGAGAGGACGAGUAGGAGGCGGAGCUUGGGUGGCUCCAGGCCAAGGCUAUGGCGGCGCCGGGCGCUGCGGGCGGCCGGGCUCUGCUCCGGGGCCUCUCCCUGUUGGUCGGACGAGCGGAAGCCGGCUCCGUGUCCCGGAGCUUCUGUAGCAGCGCCGCCAGACGUGAAGCCACCAUUAUCUCAGGAACUGAAAUGGCCAGACAAAUCUGUAAAGAAAUAUGUCAUGAGGUAGAAUCAUGGGUGUCCCUUGGGAACAGAAAACCUCAUCUCAGUAUUGUUUUGGUAGGAGACAACCCAGCAAGCCAUACCUAUGUAAGAAAUAAGAUAAAAGCUGCUACAGCUGUGGGCAUUGGUAGUGAGGUCAUUUUGAAACCUAAAAAUGUUUCUCAGGAAGAACUUUUGGACAUAACUGAGCAACUGAACAUGGAUUCAAGAGUUAGUGGUAUAUUAGUUCAACUUCCUUUGCCAGGCCACAUAGAUGAAAGGACAGUCUGUAAUGGAAUUGCACCUGGAAAAGAUGUAGAUGGAUUUCAUAUUGUCAAUGUUGGACGACUAUGUCUGGAUCAGCAUUCUAUGAUACCAGCUACUGCCUGUGCUGUUUGGGAAAUAAUAAAAAGAACAGGAAUCAAAACAUUUGGGAAAAACGUGGUUGUGGUUGGAAGAUCCAAGAAUGUAGGAAUGCCUAUUACUAUGCUUUUACACACUGAUGGAGAACAUGAAAGACCUGGAGGUGAUGCAACAGUAACAAUAACUCAUAGAUAUACACCAGAAGAGCAGCUCAAGAUUCAUACACAACUAGCUGAUAUUAUCAUAGUAGCUGCAGGCAUUCCAAAGAUGAUUACCUCAGAUAUGGUAAAAGAAGGUGCUGCUGUAAUAGAUGUAGGUAUCAACCAUAUCCGUGACCCUGUAACAGGAAGGACAAAAUUAGUAGGUGAUGUGGACUUUGAAGAAGUCAAGAAGAAAGCUAAAUUUAUCACUCCAGUGCCAGGUGGUGUGGGGCCUAUGACUGUGGCAAUGCUUCUGAGGAAUACGCUUCUGGCAGCCAAGAAGAUCAUUUACUAGACAACUCCUGGUACACGGCACCAAAAUAAGACUGAUGUUAUGUGGCUUAUUUAUUAAAACCUCUAUAUUUUGCUACAAAGCUAUUUAUUUCUACAUCAUAUUUAUUUUUCAUUUUUGGAAUGGUUCUGAAUUGGGCAGCUCACAAAACCUUGUGCAUUCUCUACUAAUGGAUUAUUCUUUUAAUUUUAGUUUAAUAAAAAACAAGCAGUGACUGCUCUUGCCUUGUGAAUAACACUGGUUCACUAAAAAGAUUAAGGUCCAGGAUGCUGAAAUAAUAAAGGAUUUACAGUCAGGUGACAAGUUUCUGAGAAUAUUCACAGCCAUGUCCUUAAAGGAAUCUUGGAUGAUUUCAUCAUGUACAUGGGAGACACCUAGUCAGAGGACAGCAUUUAAGGGAGAGUUUUGCUCUACUGAAUUAGAUGCUUUCUUUUAUAGCCAAAGUCUACACAAUAGGAUCUUGUUUUCUUUCUCUUGUGUAACUAUCGAGAUGGUCUCCUAUGGAAUAUCAUUUAUGAAAGCCUGACUGUUCCCUUCUCAUGCCUUCAUCAGAGAUGCUGUCAAAAUGUAUGUAGCUAAUUAAAGAUUUUGUAGAAAUGGAUAAAGGGAAUAUGAGUCAAUUAUUAUUGGUAUUGUCUUGAUCACCAAUUUUUUUUGGGGGGAAGGGAACAAUAAUGCCUAUCCCACCAAGCAUUCAGUAUCAUUUUGUGUUUAAGAUAUUGUGAGAAUUGAUCCCUCUACACCUUCAAAAUUGUGACUGCAAAGCUUGGGCUUCCUCUGUUAUACCCUGUCUCUUCAGGCUUCCCUUCCAUCUAUCCACAAAUGGAAUAUGUUGCUUCAGUGGGUAGAUAGUUCCUUCUUACUGGAUGUCUUUAAAUGAAAAAAUGACUAUGUUUGUAACAUCAACCAUGAUUUUAGAGGUCAUCAAGUUUAAAUUGCUUCUCUAGAUGAGAAAGCCAAAGUGCCAAAAGGAAGAGGGAAUAAGAGAGGGGACAGCAUUUAUUAAAUACCUAC